UCAACCACGAACAGAUGCAAGAAAGAAAGUGAAAAAUUUGUUGGCUGCUGAGCGUUAAAAUUUCCACGACUUUUUUCUCCCAAUUUAGCUUUUAUAGAGGCGAUAAAUUAUUUGCAAAUAGAUUCUUUUAUAACUGUUAUCAAUUUUAUAACGACUUUGAACUAUUUUUUGUAUAUAAAAUUGAUUUAUCAUGAGGAAACGGGGAGGAUACCGUCGUAGUCGUAGCCGCAGUCCCCGCCGAGGAGGGGGCAAGUCGCGGUACGAAGUUAGCAAAGCGCAACUGAUGCUCAGGCCGGUCAAUUGGAGUCACCACAAGUUGGAAUCGGUUACACGAUCGAGUUAUCGUCCGAAGGUGGAUUACCGUCGAUCCGAACGGGAGAUUAGUGAGUGGAGAAAAGCAAAGGAAAUUACGACCAAAGGGCGCGACGUUCCGGAUCCAGCACUGACCUUUGAAGAAGUAGGAUUCCCGGCAGAGAUCGCCGAUGAAUGGCGCUAUGCGGAAUUUACCAAUCCUACGCCGAUCCAGUCGCAAGGUUGGCCAAUUGCCUUGUCCGGCAGGGACAUGGUCGGUAUUGCUAAGACCGGUUCUGGGAAGACUCUUUCCUAUCUCCUUCCGGCCCUGAUGCACAUCGACCAGCAGUCAAGAUUGCGCCGUGGGGAUGGUCCCAUAGCAUUGAUUUUGGCUCCAACGCGGGAGCUGGCCCAGCAGAUCAAACAGGUUACCGAUGAGUUCGGACGGGCCAUGAAAAUUAAAAACACUUGUCUUUUCGGUGGCGGUGCAAAGCGUCAGCAGGGUGACGACUUACGGUAUGGAGUGGAAAUCGUUAUCGCUACACCGGGAAGGUUGAUUGACUUCUUAUCGACGGAACAUACGAAUCUUCGCCGAUGCUCCUAUUUGGUAUUAGAUGAGGCUGAUCGUAUGUUGGACAUGGGAUUCGAACCGCAAAUUCGAGCCAUCAUUGAACAGAUCCGGCCGGACCACCAGACGUUGAUGUGGUCAGCCACUUGGCCAGACGCUGUUGCCCGUUUGGUGAAAGACUAUCUUAAGGAUUACAUUCAGAUUAAUGUAGGUUCCCUAAAACUGGCCGCCAACCAUAAUAUUCUGCAGAUAAUCGAUGUUUGUCAAGAGCACGAAAAGGAGGCCAAGUUGAGCAUCCUUUUGCGUGAAAUUAUGGCCGAAAAGGAGUGCAAAACCAUCAUCUUCAUUGAGACCAAGAAACGUGUUGAUGACAUUACCCGUAAAGUGCUGCGGGAUGGAUGGCCGGCAAUGUGCAUUCACGGCGAUAAGUCACAAAGAGAACGUGAAUUCACUCUUAAUUCAUUCCGUUCAGGCAAGAAUCCAAUUUUGAUUGCUACCGACGUUGCUGCCAGAGGAUUAGAUGUGGACGACGUCAAAUUCGUUAUAAACUUUGAUUAUCCCACUACGUCGGAAGAUUACAUUCAUCGCAUCGGACGCACAGGGAGAUCUAACAAUACCGGCACUGCUUACACGUUUUUCACUCCGGACAAUGCUGGAAGAGCACGCGAAUUGAUCGAUGUGCUAAAGGAAGCUAAACAGGUGAUCAAUCCAAAACUUUUGGAUAUGACUUCCAUGCGUGUAAAGGGAAGAGCAGGUAAACGUGGAUUCAUUCAUUCGCGUUAUCCACGUGAACGUCGUUCCCGCUCCUACGAUCGAAGGGGCACAUUCCGACGCAGCUCAUAUUCUCGGUCUCGCUCUCGCUCAAGAUCCCGUUCCCGCUCGGCAUCGCCACGGUUUUCCAAGCGAGACGUGUACCGUCCGGUGAAGCGCAGUGUCUCCCGCGACAGUCGUAGCAAUAGCAGCGAUAGUCGAAGGGACAAUCGCCAGAAGAAAAAUACCAGACGAGUCAGCCGCUCUGCCAGUAGAUCACCUCACCCACGUGAUGGGGCUGCAGAUAAUAAGUCUGGCAAUGCCACCGCUACUGAUCGGAAACGUAACGGAAAGAGCAGUUCUCCGAGCACUCGUCGUUACCGGAGUCGCAGCCGCAGUCACAGUCGUAGCAAGAGCCGCAGUCGCAGCCGUGAGGGAAGAUUCCGAUCGGCUAAAAAUGGUACCAAUGGUUCAAGCUACGAUCGGCGUUAGAAGUAAUUUUACAAGUCUUUUUACCCGAAUCAGUAUAUCAAUAUAACACACUUGCUGAUUAGACACAGUUAGCGCAGCAGUGUAAAACAAUCCAUAAGUUAUUUCUACAAAAAAAUGUGUACUUCCUGAGCCAUAGGACCCGGAUUUUGAUCUUUAGGUUUAAGAAUAUAAAACAUUAAAUGUACGAAUUAUUCUGGAUUCAUGUAGGUAUAAAUGAAAUGUCAUAAUUCUAGAUGGGGUUUUCAAAAGUUGAUAAAAAUCCUGGUAUACUUCUAUUUUUUCCAAUGUGGUUUGCUGUACAAACGAACAUUUAAGAUUUUAUUCAUAAACAAAUGAAUGUCAUUAUUACCUUCUCUAUUUCCGUUCAAUUGUAUCCGUAUCAUAAUCGUAUAAUAAACUUAUACCGGCAUAA